CCACCAAAGCAGAGGUAAGCUUGAACAACGUAGUGUUUCUAUCUGUCAUAGAAGAAGAUGGCCAAGCUAUCCUAUCUUCUUCUAGUCCUUCUUGUUUUUGUAUCAGUUUUGCUUGUGCCUGCCACUGUUGCAGUUGCAUCAUCCAAUGAAGCUUUAUACCAUCGGAAGAUAAGGUCUGCUAUGAAUGAAGGUCUCAAGCAUCAUCAGGUAGAGGACUUGACUGCCACAAUAAGGCAUCAUCUACUGGAGAAUCCUAAUGGUGGAAGAAACUCUGGUUUGAAUGAAGCCGCCCGUGAUCCAACCAGCAGAGAUGAAGGCAUCGACAACACUGUUGAUCAAGAAGGAGACCCCUUUGAUGCAACCAGAAAUGGUAACAAAAGUGAAUAUCGUGGAGCGGGUACUGACAGUCACCAUUCCAUUGAUCUUGAAUCAUGGAACAAACUGCAUCCAGCUAAACCAGCUAACUAGCUGUUUGACAUAAUAUAGGCUGAUGUUAUAUAGCAAAAGCCAUAAUAAGCCCCUACGGGAUGGGACAGCUUGCUGUCUCUGUGCUAUUGAAUCAGCUAGUGACCGAGUGUCUCGUGUUUUUAUUUAUGUAUGGACCAAAUAUAUGUUUGCUUGGACAAUGUAAUGCCGUAUUAAGUAUUACUGCACCUAAACUGCCUCAUGUUUGUUAUCCAUGAUAACUGAAAUGCUUCUUUCUGAUGA